CCUCGGUGCAAACAUCUAGCAAUACCCCGAGAUAACUUUGCACGUAUGUCUAUCCAACUGCAAAACGUUUGGACCAAGGACAUCCGGGCGCCUUCUAUCAAUGAAGAACACAGAUUGCCAUCCCCUGCCCCUUCAGACGAUGGUGGCAGGGACCCCGAGAAUCGGGGUUCAAAGGACCUUCCUGACGAUCCUUACAUGCUCAGAUCCGCCGUGAAAUCCAACUCUGAGAUUCAGGAGCUGAGGAGGAGUAAGAAUGGGAAGGUGGUGGGGGAAUAUCACGAGAAGCAGAACCUACUCAUCAACAGCCUGCUGAAGCCGAUGGAGGAGCACACGGAAGAUGCCAAGGCCGCGGAGGAGGCGGCACGUUUCUCAGUCAAAAUCGCAGUGUAUACGAGUUUGUUCGCUAAUUUGGCUCUCUGCGUCAUUCAAUUAUAUGCUGCUGCUUCGUCCUUGUCGCUAUCAUUGCUCGCUACUGGCAUCGACUCAGUAUUCGACCUUGGAUCAAAUGUUUUAUUGAAUUACCUGCACAAGAAAGCCUCUCGUCUCGAUGUCGCCAAGUGGCCCGUGGGAGGAAGUCGACUCGAGACCAUCGGGAAUAUUGUUUAUGGUGCGAUGGGCUCUGUCAACUUGGUGGUAAUUGUGGAGUCACUCCGCACCAUCAUUUCUCACAAGGACGGAGAAACAAACGCAUUUCAUCUGCCAUCCAUAAUUGCUGUCACGGCUGCUCUAGCUGUCAAGUUCUUACUAUUUGUCUACUGCCUCCCUCUUCGUAAAUCUUCCAGUCAGGUUCAAAUCCUAUGGGAGGAUCAUCGAAAUGACGUAUUCAUAAACACAUUUGGUGUUCUGAUGUCUUCUGGUGGAAGCAAGCUGCGAUGGUGGCUCGAUCCCACCGGGGGUCUCCUGAUUGCAGGGGGAGUCAUCUUCUCCUGGUCGAGAACGAUAUGGAAUGAAUUUGAGCUUCUGGCUGGGAAAUCUGCCUCUCACGGAUUUAUCCAACUGGUCACUUAUAAGGCUGCCACCUUUUCGAGUGAGAUUGAGAAAGUUGACACCGUUAGGGCAUAUCAUAGUGGUCCCGGGUAUGUGGUUGAGGUGGAUAUCGUGAUGUCGGCAGAAACACCUCUCUGGAAGGCUCACGACAUAUCACAAGUGCUUCAAGACAAACUGGAGGUUCUUCCUGGUGUGGAAAGGGCAUAUGUACAUGUCGAUCAUGAGACAACCCAUGCACCCGAGCAUCGAAAACACCUCUGAAGAUGGACUCUUGCACGCACCUUCCCUUGAUACCACUCUUAUGACCCAUUCCCUUCAUCUAUCUACUGCGUAUGAGAAUAAAAUUCUAGGAGCAGUUGAUACCUCAACUGGCACUCUCCCUAGCAUGAGGGACUCGGAGUCAUUUUGUUCAGCUGUACAGUGACAGGAAUGGUGUCACAAUCUGCGGGACCCCGGACUGCAGUGUACGUCUGUACAAUUAAAGCUACCGCUGCUGAGCUCGUGAGCGUCUAGAAGUUGGCAUCUGCGCAAAAUUGAAGGACAUAAUGUACGCCAGCUGUAGCACAAAUAUCCACACAGAAAAAAUCUCAGG